UUUUUUUUUUUACUUCCAUUUUAAAUUUUAAGGCAAUGAAAAUUAUGUGGAAUUUUAGAAAUUGACAUCACUCCAAAUAUGUCCUUUUAAACUAUCAAAUUUGAUAUCAUGAUUUUUUUUCGUAGAUCAAGUGCAAAAAGGUCAUCAUUUAUUUCCAUUACUUGAGUAUUACCUUAUUUUUUAACUGUAGUGUUAGAAGACAUAUUGACAAUGCAUCUAUUUUAUGUAAUGAUUGAUUUUUGUUGCUUAUGUUGUGUUGACACCAACAGACAAAUCAAGUCUAAUUGAUUGAUUGAUUGUUUAACGUCCCUGCUCUCGAGAAUAUUUCACUCAUAUGGAGACGUCACCAUUGCCGGUGAAGGGCCGCAAAAUUUAGGCCUAUGCUCGGCGCUUACGGUCUUUGAGCAAGGAGGGAUCUUUAUUGUGUCACACCUGCUGCGACACGGGACCUCGGUUUUUGCGAUCUCAUCCAAAGGACCGCCCCAUUUAGUCACCUCUUACGACAAGCAAGGGGUACUGGCGACCUAUUCUAACCCGGAUCCCCACGGAAUAAGUUUAAUUGAAUAAAUCUUAAGUGCUAAAAGGUCAUGUUUAGAACACUAUAGCUCAAUAACAAGUGUUUUGACCCCUUGUUUUUCUUUUUAAUUUCCCAAUUCUCCUUCAAUGUAGGAAUCAAAAUACACUAAAUCCCACACAAAAAAUCUCAGGUGUGAAUCUCUUUAGAAAAGUUUAAAUUAAUUAAUUUGAAAUUUUGUAUAAAAAUUUAGUAUUUUUCCCAAUAAUUUGAAAAUUUGAUCUUUAACCCCCACUUUUUUUAGUUCCAUUUUAAAUUUUAAGACAAGGCCUUGAAAAUUGCGUGAAAUUUUAGAAAUUGACAUUACUCGUAACAUGUUCUUUUAAACUGUCAAAUUUGAUAUUCACAAAGUUUUUUUGUAUAUCAAGUGCAAAAGGGUCAUUAUUUAUUUUCACUACUUGUAUUAAUUUAAAACUUUUUCUCAAAAUCUGUAUUGUUAGAAGACAUGAUUGUGCAUCUAUUUUAUGUAUAUAAUGAUUGAUUUGUGUUGUUUAUGUUGUGUUGACACCAACAGACAAAUCAAGUUUAAUUGAAUAAAUUUGAAGUGCAAAAAGGUCAUAUUUAGAACUUUCCUUCAAUGCAGAAUUCACCCCCCCCCCCCCCCCCCCAAAUGACAUAAUCUUACUCCAAAUCUCAUGUGCAACCUCUUUAAAGGUGACGACUUAAUAUUAAUUGUUACCAGUACUAAUUAUUUCAUCAGCUUAAUUAAUUAAACAUUUCCAAUGUUUUUUUCCUUUGAUAUCUUUACAAAUUGUAACAGUCAUUUCCUUACGAAUGUGUUGUACAUAGAUCUAGUUGUGAACGAUAUGUGUAUGAGAUAUAAUUAGUUUAAUCUAUUUUAACCAGGGACCUAUAUAUAUACUAACCUAUAGGUCCUUGAUUUUAACGACUGGGGCACGUAUUCUGACAGAAAUGAAAGUGGAAUGUAAAUUUAAAAUCUGAAAUAAUAUCAUUUUUGAAAAUACAAGAGGGUUCCUUAUAUAAUUUAUUUAAAAAAAGAAAAAGAAAAAAGGAUGGGAUAUAAGAAUGGGUACUAUAUGGAGUCAAUCUAAUUAAAAUUAGAUCUUUGAUCAAAGAUCUAAUUUUAAUUAGAUUGAUAUGGAGUAUAUAUACAAACAGUUAGAGGGAACAUGAUUCCUCUUCUCGAUUACGAAAAGAAAUAUGAGUAGAUAAUAUACUCGCUCAAACAGAAAUCGCUGGAUCCUCACCUGGGUAACGUACGUUUGUUUAUAUUGUCCUAUCGACCGCAUCAUUAAAAGCACGUGAAACGUGAAAUGUGCUAAUCGGGGUGUUUUACAUGCAACGCGAAUUUAAUUAGUUGUUAUAUUUAGAUUUUGAAAGAACAUAGACGUCAUGAGGUCAAUGUCAACUGUAAAAAUUACACUCAUCAAAUGAUAUUUUUUAUUAACGAUUGAAAGGAGACAUGCAUAACGGAAGUUUGGGGAAAGUACAUCCGUCGCAAAUGGAACAAGAAGGUCAGCAAACACAAUAUGAGGCUGAUGGAGACAUCGGUUGUUGUGGCUAUGUUUUAAUGGGAUUUUCCUACAUAUUGGUGGCACUGUUUUUCCCAUUCUCUCUCUGUUUAACAAUUAAGGUGGUGCAGGAAUAUGAGAGGGCAGUCAUUUUUAGGCUUGGGCGAGUUUUGCCUGGUGGAGCCAAAGGCCCAGGCUUAUUCUUCAUCCUACCCUGUAUUGAUGACUUUAAGAAGGUGGACAUGAGAACCCUUACAUAUGAUGUUCCACCUCAAGAGAUCCUUACCAAAGACUCAGUCACAGUUGCUGUUGAUGCAGUUAUUUUUAUAAGGAUUUUUGAUGCUACCAUGGCAACAGUAAAUGUUUCGGAUGCAUACCAGUCUACACGUCUUCUAGCAUCCACCACUCUUAGAAACGUCCUUGGAACCAGGAACAUGUCAGAACUUUUGACAGAUAGGGAAGCCAUCGCUUCCAAUAUGCAGGGUCUCCUUGAUGAAGCAACUGAUCCCUGGGGUGUUAAAGUAGAGAGAGUUGAAAUUAAAGAUGUCAGACUUCCUAUCCAGUUACAGAGAGCUAUGGCUGCAGAGGCAGAGGCAUCAAGAGAAGCCAGGGCCAAGGUUGUCGCUGCUGAAGGAGAACAGAAGGCCUCACGGGCUCUAAAGGAAGCUGCCGACAUCAUGACUGAAUCACCAGCUGCAAUCCAGCUUAGAUACCUACAGACUCUGAACUCAAUUGCUGCAGAGAAGAACUCCACCAUCAUCUUCCCUCUACCAAUUGAUCUUAUUGCAUCCUUUGGUACUCAGAAAAGGGAUGUAACUCAAUUCUGAGCAGGAGUUGGAAUCAUAAUGGUGGUUACUGGUCCAAAUGUGGCAAUUGUUUAAAAUGACGUGAUUGAAAGGUACUAUGUACUAUUCUGCAGCUUUCGUGUAAUCUCAUGGCACUAUACUCCAACAGUGAUGCCUAAUUACCUAGUUAACUAAUUGCCAGAUAAAUGUCAGUUUCCAUUUGCAGUAACCAUGCUGAAAUGUAUGCGAGUGCCUUGUGUGAUCACAGAAAAGAAUUGCACCAAGAAUGCACACAGUAAUUUUAAAAUUGUUAAAACAGGUUCAUUAACUUUGAUUGACAAUACUGAUUCAUUGAUUACUUUUGCAUUUUAGAUUUUAUCCUUAAUAAGAGUUCACAUUAUGUUAUUGAUUCAGUGCAGGCAUGUAGGAAUUGGGAGGUCACGGAGAACUAAGCCCUCCACUUUCUGCAAAUUUUGUCCAAUAAUACCCCCCCCCCCUUUUUUUUUUAUAUCAAGAGAUUUGAUUAAAUUGAUAUUAGCUUAAGGCCAGCAAUUUAUAAUUUUGGGUCCCCCUACAAUAUUUUUUUUAAUCUUUUUUGGAUGUUUUGUUUACUCCCCUCAUGGAAGUCCAACCUACAUCUUUGUUGCUGCCUGAAAAUUUUAAAAUGUUGACCUAAGCAAUUUUUAUUGAUUGUCUUUGUAUUCAAGAUGACAAUGUAGCAGUCUUUGUAUGAAUCUAUGUUGUUAUAUUGUAAUUUGAACCAUGAAACUGUUCACUGUGUACACUUUUAUCAGUGAGGACUUUCAGAUUUUGAGUGGAAGUCCCUUGUGUUAAUUUAUUUUUGUAUUUCCGUUACCUUUCUGCCUGUUAUGUGUUUGUAUGGAAUCUAAAACUUAUUAAAUUUGUAAAUGAUAAAAAAA